GCGGAGGAGGCGGAGGCGGCUGGGGGGUGUGAGAUGGGCGGGGCAGAUGGGGUACACAAAGGGCCGGUCGGCGACGCGGCGGGGAUCGAUCGGGUGAUGCUUCGGUUCCGGCCCAUAGCUCCGAUGCCGGCCACGGAGGACCCGGGCCGAGGCGGGUCGCACGUGGGAGGCAAGAGGUGGUUGCUUUCGGGUGGGAGGACCAAGAGGAAGUACGUUAGGAGUCGCAAGGCCAAGGGUAAUAGUAACUGCAGCAGCAGUAAUAAUAACACCUCCAGCGGCACCACCAAAAGGAAAAGAGCGGUGCAAGGGCCAAAAGGAAAAGGAGGGUCUGCUGAUGGUUCUUCGGGGUUGGAGAAGCAAAUAGUGACCCUCCAGUUGUUGCCUGAGAAAGCUGAUCGUGGUGGAGAAUCUAAAGCGCUUAAAGAAAAGCCUGAGCCUACUGAGCAGGAGCCUCGAUGUUGUAGCGUCAAUAAUCGCUGCAGUACUGACUUUGGUCCUGAAUUCAGCACCGUGAAUCUCGCCCUACCUAAUGGGGUCCCACCCAUGUGGUCGAGGUCGGACCCCAUCGAUCUCGUCAACACCAGCCUCCCUUCGGCGUCGCCUCAUCGGAUGCGUUACCCUGGAGUCUUGGAGUGCUGGGUGAUCGUGGAGUCCGUCUCCGCCGACACGCACAUUGACGCGCAGGACCAUCAGCUGGCGGGGCUCACCGACGCCGACCGGAUGAGGAGUCUCGAGACCGACGCGUGCCCCGGGUUCCUGGCGGAUCCGAGCAAUAGGGUGAAGUGGGUGAACGGAGCGUUCGAGAGGAUGGUGAUGAGAGAGCACUCGAGCGACGGCGUCGGCAGCGGCCCGCUGCCGACCGAGAUCGCGGUGAGGGUGGUGGCGAAAGCGGAGCUGCCCAAGGCGCGCGCGGCCUUCGCGUGCAGGGCGACGGUGAGGCGGCACUCGUGGCAGCGGGGCGAGGAGAAGUGGGCGGCGAGGAUAGUGCCGUGCGAUGUGUGGAGGAUGGACGAGGGGGGAGGGUUUGCAUGGAGGCUGGACGUUAAAGCUGCGCUCAGCUUGGGUCUCAGCUGACACGACCCGACAAUUUCGGUGGCCGCACCGACCGAACAAAGGGGUUCGGUAUGAUCAGCUUAUUCAUUUAGUAUCUAUACCUGCAUAUGCAGUGCCUGACUUUGUCAGUGAUCUGCAAUGAAGUGAGGUGUGUGUUCGACAGAGAUUGAAGCUGAAAAAGAUCAGUCGAACACGGAACAAUGUAGAGUCCGAAGCUUGGAGACUGGAGGGAACUCGGUCUAAAGCUUAUAGCCUCAAAAACAAUGCUGUGGUUUUAUGUACCUGUAGAAAGAUGAAAAUGGUGGCAAAAUAUAUCUAUUUGGUAAAGUCUCGUAUGUAGUGAUAUACAUUCGGGAAAUCUGGAAAGAUCAGAUGUUUCUGAUGAAACUGAUGUCAGAUUCUAGCCAUGGCAACGAACUAAUCUUGCCAAUGCCUUGUAUAUUAAUUGUAAUGUGUGCUUUGUGGUAAGUGAAAAGGCAGGAGUUGUUUGUGCCAGCUAAAA